GCGGGUCCCGGCUGAAGAUCUGCCCCAGCGUCGGUGCAGGGGAGGGAGGGGGCGGCGGCGCGGCCGGAGCGCGCGCGCGUUAGACCCAGGGCGCCCGCGGAGCCCGCCGGAGCGCAGGGAGCCCCGCCGCAGGCAUGGUGUCCCAGGUGCUGCAGCUGCUCCGGCAGGGCGUGUGGGCCGCGCUCACCGGGGGCUGGUACCACGACCCGGAGCAGAGCAAGUUCACCAACAGCUGCCACCUCUACCUGUGGCUGUUCCUGCUGCUGCUGCCCCUGGCUCUGCACCUGGCGUGUCCCCCAAAUGCGGUCACUGCGCUCCUCUACUGCAGCUCUGUGGCCGUCGUCUUCACCACCAUCAAGCUGGUCAGCUACCGCCUGCACCUCAUGUUCGACGAGGGAGAAGUGGUUCGGCCGCGGCCCGUCCAGCAGAGGGAGGAGCCGGCCAGAGACCCAGAGGCUGGCGGCCCGCACACCACUGACCCCAAGAACCUCAGCAGUGACCGGCCUGCGGGCACCAGCGGAGGCAAGAAGGAAGAGGCCCCGGCCAGCCUGGCCACGCCUCCGCUGCGCUGCAGCUCCCGAGGACAGAGCCCGCACUCACGCCACGCGUCACCGCAGCUGAAGAUGCCGGCGCAGGAAACGGUGGACGAUCUCAAAGGUGUCGUUCUGUCAGGAGACCAGCCCAGGACACCAGUGGUGGGCCCCGCACCAGGCAUCAAGACAGGUGGCGCACCUGUUUCUGAAGGACACCUGCCUGAGCCCACACCUGGGCCGGCCCGGCCGGUGAAGCCGUUCACUGCAGAAAGCCUCCUCCCUGGGCGAGGCCAGGCACAACGCCCACCCCGCCACAGGUCCGAGGGCGGCUUGGUGGACGGAGGAGCCUCGAAGAAGCUGCCGCACCUGUCUCUGUCCCAGUACGACCUUCUAGAAACAGAUGUCUCCUUCCAGCCCUGGGGCAGCGAGAAUUCAGUCCUGAUUCCAGAGCCCGCACACCGUCUGCAGGGCUCUACAAGGGAGCCCUUGCCGAGCUCGUCACCCCAGGGCAGUCUGAGCAGCAGCUGUCCCCAGUGCCACACCAUCACAGCCAAACCUGCAGAGGAGCCGGUGGACACCUCCUGUCAGGUGGACCUGCCGUGGAACCAGGAAGCGGGGGACUCCGACAGUGAGGUCGCCGUUACUCUCGUCGAUACGUCUCAGCCUGGGGACCCACUGAGUCUGCACGAGCCCAUUAAAAUCGUCAUCACGAUGAGCAGCACCCCAAACUCCAUGACGGACUUGGAGAGCUCCCUGCACCUGCAGGCGCUGGGCACCAACAGGACCGGGCUCAGGUCUGACCCUCAGCCAGCUGCCCCAGGGGAGGCUGGGCCUCCGGGCGCGGAGCAGGUCAGAAUUCCCACGAUCACCCUUGAACUGUCUGAGGAUCGGGGAGGUGUCCCUGGUCCCCAGAGCCACAGAACCGAAGGGAGCCCCGAGGGACCGCAGGUGGAGGGGUCUUCGCAUCAGAGUUCUGACCACGGAUCUGGGGAGGGGACAGGUGCCACCAGGGACUGCAGCCCUGCCCCGAGGCACACCUGGGAAGCGGCCCCCGCACACUCGCCCGACACAGCCUCCCCAUGCGAGGCGGGUGGGGACGGCCAGGCCAGGCUGGACCCGUCCUCCUGUAAGAGACACACCCGUGUGUUCAGCGUGGACAGCGGGACGGACGUCUUCCUGAGCAGAAGCUCUGCGGACCCGGCUAGCGACAAGGAGAAAACCAUGCCGACCUCCAAGUCCGACCUGGAGGCCAGGGAAGGGCAGAUGCCCAACGAGUCCAGCUUCCUGGAGUUCGUCUCCCUCAUAGAGGCCAUCAGCACCGCCAAGGUGGCGACCCCCAGCCCGCAGCGGGGCUCCGUGCAGCCAGGCGGAGCUGGCCGGCUUCCUGCAGAUCAUUGCGCCCAGGGGGAAAAGGAGGAGGACCCGGAGAGUGAGGAGCCCCGUGGAGAGGACGCCAAGCAGGGACAGCCAGGCGCUCAGCCACAGGGCCACACCGGCGCCAGCCAGGUGCCCGCUCAGCCUGCCAGAACCUCGGCCCUUUUCCAGGGCAAUAGGCAUCGACAGAUAAUCUACAGGGUGACUUCCCAACAAGAUAGUUCUGUCCUGCAAGUCAUCAGUGGGCCUGAAACAUCUGUGCAAGAGGAGAUGUCCGUGGAUGCCAUGCAUGUCUUCAUUGAUGGACACGGAGAGGUCAGGUCCUGUUACUUGAAGUCAGGGAAUCAGAAGGAAGGCUCCCUCCAGCACCCGCCUUCGGACUCGGCCUGUGUCUCCCAAGCCCGGGAGAUUCAGACCAGCUCCUCCAGCACCACCACUUCUGAGAGCCCAGAUCCAUCCUCGGGGGACCCUGCGGUCAGCGCCCUGCAACAGCAGCUGCUGCUCAUGGUGGCUCGGAGGACCCAGCCAGAGACGCCCCGGCACGUGAGUCCAGAGCUGGAAAACUCGUCAAGUUCUUCGGCCCAAGGAAAAUUUAACCGAGAGCAGUUUUACAAAUUUAUCAUUUUCCCUGGCAAGUGGAUUAAAGUCUGGUAUGAUCGGCUCACCUUGCUGGCGUUACUCGAUCGCACCGAGGACGUCAAGGAGAACGUGCUGGCGAUUUUGCUCAGCACCCUGGUUUCCCUGCUGGGAUUUCUGACGCUGAGCCGAGGCUUCUGCAGGGACCUGUGGGUGCUCCUCUUCUGCCUGGUCAUGGCCAGCUGCCAGUACUCCCUGCUCAAGAGCGUGCAGCCUGACCCCGCCUCACCCAUCCACGGACACAACCAGAUCAUAACCUACAGCAGGCCGAUCUAUUUCUGUGUGCUGUGCGGCCUUAUCUUGCUUCUCGAUGCAGGGGCCAAGGCUAGGCGCCCUCCCAGCCACACUGUGUACGGCCUGCAGCUCUUCUCCGCAGACUUCCUGCAGUCCGCCAGGGACCACCUAAUAGUGUUUUUGUACUGCUUCCCUGCCAUCUCCCUCCUCGGGCUCUUCCCGCAGAUCGACACCUUCUGCACUUUUCUCCUGGAACAAAUCGACAUGCUGUUCUUCGGGGGUUCUGCCGUUUCUGGGAUAGCGUCAGCCAUUUACAGCGUGGGCCGAAGCGUCUCUGUGGCCGCCCUGCUGUACGUCUUCUGCUUCAGUGCUGUGAAGGAGCCCUGGAGCACGCAGCACAUCCCCGCGCUGUUCUCCGCCUUCUGUGGUCUGUUGGUCGCGCUGUCCUACCAUCUGAGCCGGCAGAGCAGCGACCCCACGGUGCUCCUGUCUUUUAUUCAGUGCAGAUUUUUCCCUAAAUUUCUACAUCAGAAUCUGGAAGAGUCGGCCUCAGACCCCCUCCCCCAGAAGAUGAAGGACUCCGUGAAGGACGCGCUGAGGUCGGACCUCAUCGUCUGCUCUGUGGUCGCGGUCCUCUCCUUUGCAGUCAGCGCCAGCACCGUGUUCCUGUCCUUGAGACCCUUCCUCAGCGUGGCGCUCUUCGUCCUGGCGGGCACCGUGGGGCUGCUCACGCACCAGCUGCUGCCUCAGCUCCGCAAGCACCACCCCUGGAUGUGGCUCUCCCACCCUCUGCUCAAAAGCCGAGAGUACCAGCAGCGGGAAGUGAGAGAUAUCGCCCAUUUAAUGUGGUUUGAAAGACUCUAUGUUUGGCUUCAGUGUUUUGAAAAAUAUAUCUUGUACCCGGCAAUAAUUCUGAAUGCCCUCACUAUCGAUGCGUUUUCAAUAAGCAAUUACCGGAGACUUGGUACCCACUGGGACAUUUUCCUGAUGAUCGUGGCCGGCAUGAAGCUGCUGCGCACAUCCUUCUGCAACCCGGUGCACCAGUUCCUGCACCUGGGCUUCACCGUCCUCUUCUUCCACUUCGACUACAGAGAUAUUUCAGAGAGCUUCCUGCUGGACUUCUUCAUGGUGUCCAUUGUGUUCAGCAAGCUCGAGGACCUGCUGCACAAGAUCCAGUUCGUCCUGACCUACGUGGCGCCCUGGCAGAUGGCGUGGGGCUCCUCCUUCCACGUGUUCGCUCAGCUCUUCGCCAUCCCUCAUUCCGCCAUGCUGCUCUUCCAGACGGUGGCCACCUCCGUCUUCUCCACGCCCCUGAGCCCCUUCCUCGGGAGCGUCAUUUUCAUUACAUCCUAUGUCAGGCCGGUGAAGUUCUGGGAGAAAAACUACAAUACAAGGCGCGUGGACAAUUCCAACACAAGACUGGCCGUCCAAAUCGAAAGGGAUCCAGGGGGCGAUGACAACAACCUCAAUGCCAUCUUCUACGAGCACUUGACAAGGACCCUGCAGGAGUCGCUCUGUGGAGACCUCCUUCUUGGUCGUUGGGGUAACUACAGCUCCGGGGAUUGCUUCAUUCUGGCUUCAGACGACCUCAAUGCCUUUGUGCACCUGAUUGAGAUUGGAAACGGACUUGUCACCUUUCAACUCCGAGGCCUGGAGUUCCGAGGAACCUACUGCCAGCAGAGGGAGGUGGAAGCCAUCAUGGAAGGCGACGAGGACGAGAGGGGCUGCUGCUGCUGCAAGCCCGGCCACCUGCCCCACCUGCUGUCCUGCAACGCUGCCUUCCACCUGCGCUGGCUCACCUGGGAGGUCACGCGGACGCAGUACAUCCUGGAGGGCUACAGCAUCAUCGACAACAACGCGGCCACCAUGCUGCAGGUGUUCGACCUCCGCAGGAUCCUCAUCCGAUACUACAUCAAGAGCAUCAUAUACUACAUGGCCGCCUCGCCCAAGCUGCCCUCCUGGGUGGAGAACGAGGCCCUGCUGAAGGCCCUGCAGCCCUUCGCCCAGUGGCACCACAUCGAGCGCGACCUGGCCACGCUCAACGUCAACGUGGACGAGGACUACGUCCCCUGCCUCCAGGGCAUCACGCGGGCCAGCUACUGCAACGUGUACCUGGAGUGGAUCCAGUACUGCGCGGGGAAGAGGCCGCAGCCUUCGAAGGCCCUGGACAGUGACGAGGACUCGCCCCUUGUGACCCUGUCCUUCGCCCUGUGCGUCCUGGGGAGGAGAGCUCUGGGGACCGCAGCACACAACAUGGCCCUCAGCCUGGACGCCUUCCUGCAUGGCCUCCACGCCCUCUUCAAGGGCGACUUCAGGGUGACAGCACGGGACGAAUGGGUAUUUGCCGACAUGGACCUCCUGCACAAAGUCGUCGCUCCGGCUAUCCGAAUGUCCCUGAAGCUGCACCAGGACCAGUUCACCUGCCCGGACGAGUAUGAAGACCCGGCGGUCCUCUACCAGGCCAUCCAGUCCUUUGAGAAGAAGGUGGUGAUCUGCCACGAGGGCGACCCGGCCUGGAGGGGCGCCGUGCUGUCCAACAGGGAGGAGCUGCUGACGCUUCGGCGCGUGGUGGACGAGGGCUCCGACCAGUACAAGGUGGUCAUGCUGCACAGAGGCUUCCUGAGCUUCAAGGUGAUCAAGGUGAACAAGGAGUGCGUGCGCGGGCUCUGGGCGGGGCAGCAGCAGGAGCUCAUCUUCCUGCGCAACCGCAACCCCGAGCGCGGCAGCAUCCAGAACAACAGGCAGGUGCUGCGCAACCUCAUCAACUCCUCCUGCGACCAGCCCCUGGGGUACCCCAUGUACGUCUCCCCGCUGACCACGUCCUACCUGGGGACGCACAGGCAGAUGAAGCGCGUCUGGGGCGGACCCGUCACCCUGGACAGGCUGAGGGCGUGGUUCCGGGCCAGGUGGCUGAGCAUGCGCAAGAACAGCAGCGCGGGACAGCACAGCAGGGGCAACAUCGAGGACGUGGACGGAGGCGGAGCCCCGGCGGGGGGCAGCUAUGCACCAAGCGGAGACAGCAAGGAGAGCAGCGCAGAGCAUCCUCACAAAGGGGGCCCCCAGCACUGGACCGCCUCCCACGAAGGGGCUCCAAGGACAGGCAGGAGGAAGGGCCGCAGCCAGUCCGUCCAGGCACACCCGGCCCUGAGCCAGAGGCCGUCCACCCUAAGCUCCUCCGGCCCCAUCCUGGAGAGCCGCCAGGCCUUCCUGCAGACGUCCACGUCGGUCCACGAGCUGGCCCAGAGGCCCUCGGGCAGCCGGCUCUCCUUGCACACCUCAGACGCCUCCCUGCACUCACAGCCGCCACCGGUCACCACCACAGGCCACCUGAGCGUCCGCGAGCGGGCAGAGGCGCUCAUCCGAUCCAGCCUGGGCUCCUCCACCAGCUCCACCCUCAGCUUCCUCUUCGGCAAGAGGAGCUUUUCCAGCGCUCUGGUCAUUUCUGGGCUCUCUGCGGCCGAAGGGGGUAACACCAGUGACACGCAGUCCUCCAGCAGCGUCAACAUCCUGAUGGGCCCCUCGGCCAGGGCCGCCGGACAGGCCACGCGGCACUUCUCGGAUCCCUGUGAUCCCACGGAUGCCAGUGAGCAGGGGCAGCUGCGUGACGGACGGCUGGCUGAGGCGGCAGAGAACCGGGGCCUGGUCUGCAGAAGAGCGAGCCAGGAGGACAUGGGCCUGGACGACACGGCUUCCCAGCAAAGCGCCUCGGACGAGCAGUAGCCCAGCAGGGUCCGCGGGAAAAGCAGUGUCCAUAGCCGGCCCCACCCCAAAGAGCCAGUGCUGGGACCCCAGGGUCCCCUCCGGGAAGCGCGAGCUGCUCAUCAACGCCAGCUUCAUCUCAGGUUCUUGUAAGCGACCUGCGUGACGGGGUGGGGGAAGGCAGCCUCCUCCCCAGCGCUGCGCAGGAGCAAGUGGAGCCCGUGGACAGUUAGCCCCUUCCUGCCCUGAGGGACGGAAGGCCACUGCAUGCCGAGCCCCUAGCACCGCACACGUCGGUUGUCGCUGUUGAGGUGGUUGGAAGAGGUGGACCGCAGUGCCAGACGCCACCAGACGGCCACGGCCACGGGCCCCGCGGCUGAAUCAGUGCGGAGACGCCUUCCUUCCUAACACUCCUGCAGCUGGGGUGCAGACAGCGCAGCUCCCGUGGGCCGACUCUGCAUGCAGCCGGGCCAGGUCGGGAGGCCAGCGUCCGGGACUCCUGUACCUGCCCGCGCUCCCGCGCUUCCCAGGCCCACGUACUCGUCUUCCACACUCGCGCUGGGCCACCCGCCCCACCACAAGCACACUCGCACAGCCUUUGUUUUGGGAAUUAAAGCA